AUGAUUUUAGAUUAUCCAUGACGACACCGUGUACGUGAAUUUCAUAAUAGUGUCUAUAUUUUUUGGUGAUUAAUACAGAUUAGUGCGUAUAAAGAAGGAAUUACACUGAGAAAAAUAUUCAAUAAUUAAAUAAUGGAAGAAUAUGCGAGAGAGCCGUGUCCUUGGAGAAUAAUAGAUGAUUGUGGUGGUGCAUUUACUAUGGGUGCAAUUGGAGGAGUUGUUUUUCAAAGUGUAAAGGGUUUUCGUAAUGCACCCAGUGGUUUUAACAGACGUUUAACAGGCAGUUUUAUGGCUGUAAAACAACGUGCUCCAAUAUUAGCAGGAAGUUUUGCUGUAUGGGGCGGAGUAUUUUCUAUGGUUGAUUGCACAUUAGUUCAUUAUAGAAAAAAGGAAGAUCCAUGGAAUUCUAUAGCUAGUGGUGCGGUAACGGGUGGAAUUUUAGCCGCUAGAAAUGGACUGCCUACUAUGGCUGGCAGUGCUAUAAUCGGAGGAUUGUUACUUGCUUUGAUUGAAGGUUUGGGAAUAUGUUUCACACGGAUGCAAGCAGAGCAAUUUAAACCACAAUCGUUGGUAGAUGAUUCUUCGCAUGUUGGUCCAAUACCGCAAGGAUAUCCUUCAUAAUAGAAAGGAAUAUGCUAAAUUUAUAAAAACUUAGCACGACAUUAUAAUACCAAUGUUUAGUUAUUAUCGAAAUAGAAAAGUAUUGAUUUGUUCUUUA